AUGCCGGCUCCUGCUUCAGGAGGUGCGGACUCCUUGUCGUUUCCUUCAAAGCUAGCACGAACACUCGAGCACCAAGGAGCAGUGAACGUUGUGACGUACAACCAUGGAGCCAAGUACCUUCUCUCUGGGUCGAGCGAUCGAACAAUUCGGCUUUGGAACCCAAUACUAGGCAAGGAGAUCAAAGCUUACAAGGGGCACGCCCAUGAGAUCCUGGCACUGGACAUUUCGCAUGACAACGCGCGUUUCGCAAGCUGCGGUGGUGACAAGGUGGUGCUCUUGUGGGAUGUCAUGAGUGGCCAGGUUCUUCGGCGGAUGCAGGGACACUUUGGCAAAAUUAAUGCUGUCGCAUUCAACAAUGACGGCGGGAUCCUCGCGAGCGCCGGGUUCGACGCCAAGAUCCUGCUCUGGGACAUGCGGUCGCAGACACGAGACCCGCUGCAGACGCUCAAAGACGCAACUUCCUCAAUCACGAGCUUGGUCAUCCCGCCAGAUUCGGUCGAGAUCAUUGCAGGCAGCGCAGACGGGCACGUGCGCGCCUAUGAUAUGAGGAUGGGCAAGGUGUUCGAGGAUACCAUAGGGCGUGAGCUGCUCUUCCCUAAUGUUAAGCUUACGGAAGAUCCUGUGACCGCCGUGACGACGUCGCCAUCAAAUCACCGAGAGACGAUGCUGGUUGCCGCAGCCGACGGCAAGCUCCGUCUCUUCGACCGCAUGAACGGCAAGGUUCUCCAGACCUUCUCGGGGUACAAAGUCGGGCAGACUCGCUCCAAACCUGCAUUCAACCGCGGGGAGGGAGCGGUGAUCGCUGGCGACGAGGACGGCAGUUUGUGGAGUUGGGGCGUGCUGGAUGCGAAGCCGCUAAAUGGCGGUCCGGCGCAAGUGCACAAAAGGGCAAUUACAUCGGUCAUCAUGAACCCUAACGGUCGAGAGAUGGUGACGGCCAGCCUAGACGGCACCAUUAAGAUCUGGAGCACGUGA